AUGGCCCAACGUCGUGCUCAUCACCACAGGAUAUCCUCAGUCCCAGACUCCACCGCUAUUCUCACACGCCGUAAGCUGCAGUCGCGACGUGGCGCCAGUGCUCGAAGACGCGCGUUUACCCUUGCGGACCCGUACGGCCGCACCUCGAGUUCGCGCGACUCGCGCGCGUCUGGCAGCUCACCUCCGACGUCGGCCCGACCCGUUCUUGUACCAUUGCAGUUCAACCUGCGACGACUCCCCUCUCGGCUCUUCUCAGAACGCAAGGAAAGUAUGCGCGAUGCGGGCGACGGCUACACAGUACGCGCGGGCGCGAAGCGGAAGCGCGUCGUCAGUGGCAGUGAGAAUACUGCGGGUGCGCGCAGCACGCGUAAUGCUGGCAGGGUGAAGCGGCGCAGGGCAGUGCGCGAGUCGAGCGAUGAGGAUGAGAUGAGUGGCAUGGACAUCGACGAUCAGGCGCACUGGGAGUCUUCGGAUAAUUCCGAGGACGAGGGCGCAAUGGACUCGUCGGACGACUUCUUGAUUCAUGAAGCGGAUCCGCGGCAGUUAUUUCGUAUGCGCAAGGAGGAGCUCGUCCGCCUCUAUAUCGCCGCCGGCCUCACUGAGGAUGCGGAACUUCUCACGAAGCAUGAGAUCGUUGACUGCAUCGUGGCCGCUCGAGACGAUGUGGCAGAACUACCACCUUCAUCUCCAGGGAUCGGUGAUAGCAACUCGAGCGACUAUUCCUCCGAUGGUGGUAAUGUCGCGGGUGGCGAGGAGACAGAUUUCGGUGGGAAGUUCAGGAAUGGGCUGAGAAGACGGGCGACGGUUCAAGACUUAGGUCGGAGUGCUCGCUCGACUGCUGCCAGCCGGUCUCUUUCUCUGGGUCAACUGGAGGCUGCUCCUUCCCACGGUAAGAGAGCUCGAGAGCCCAGCGGUCCAUCUUGUCCAAUACGCAGACGAGGAACGAGUAAUGCAAGUUCCAGCAGGUCUUCACCAACAUCCUCAGCCGCCUACUCCCUUCCUUCCCCUCCCGCCACUCGUUUGCGCACUCGCAAGCUCUCUAACGAGGACAGCGUCGCGUCAACGUCAGCCAGACUCAGCAAGGGCAAGGGUAAAGCAAAGCAAGUGGAGUUCAAUGAUGAAGUUCAGGUCAAGUCUAAACCUGUCACUCGUCCCUUUGACGAUGAAAGCGACCUCACCGACCUUACAGAGGUCGAACAGUCGAUUGCAAAGAUAUCUCCCAGCCCGCGACGCUUGCGUAGCAAAGGCGAGAGGCCUCGGAGCGAAAAAGAAAUCCCAGUAGAGACUGCGUUCGACGCAGACCGGCGGGUCACACCCAUGCGGAAAGCGAAGGGAAAAGUGGGUUGUUUGCGGGAAGAGGACGAAGAGGAAGAGGAAGAGGAAGUGGAUCAACUUGAGAGUGGGACGGAUCAGGAUGAGGAGGUCGACCAGCUGACGGAAACGCCAUCACCCAUGGCCACUCCAAAAGCUGCAGUCCCCCGGGGUCGAUGGACUCCAGUUGUACGCAGAUUGAGGCCGCGACGGAUCCAGACUCAUACGCCUCCUAGUGACGGAGAUGAUGAAGGGAGUGAAAACGAUGAAGGGGCUGACGUGGAGACGAGCGUGGAUGGAGAGGACGAGGAGAAUGAGGGUGAUGACGAGAGGAGCGUGGUGGACGGUGAAAGCGAGGAGGAAGAAGAACAGCCACCUCCAGAGCCUAAAAAGCUGCGCAACGGGAAGAUUGUACCGGACGGUGAAGUCGAGGACGAGGUUGCGGAGGAAGACGAUGACGAGGGGGACGAGGACUACGCGGACUCUACUGUGGAGGAUGUUGAUGCCGAAGGUGAGACGGAGGAAAGUGAGGGCACUGAUGAGCCAAUGGACGAUGAUGUCGACCUUACCAUCGCCACGGCAAGGACCCUUGUACGCCUACGUCGGGACGACCUCGUCCGCUUGUGCGAGACGCGUGAUCUGGAUGCCUCGGGAACCAAGUCUCAACUCGCUGAUACGUUGCUUCAGUGGCGGGAUCGGCAUUGUAGCGAAGCAUCGUCGCCAUCCUCAACAGGUACGGCUCGCCCACCUUCAACCGCCAAAGGUCGUCCAGGCCGGCGGAAGACCAGAAGUAAGAGUAACAGCCAGACUCCGCCUGUACUGCUGCGAUCGGAUCGCGUCCAUAUGGACGAGCCAAGGACACCUCCACUUUCUGGUCAACAGAAGGAGGCGGAACCAGAACUUGAACUCGAUCUCGAGAGCUUGGGGCUAGAAGAUAGAGAAAUUCCGCCGGAUAAACUGACGAAGCUAGAGAAGAUCGGGAGCGGCGGUUUCAAAGAUGUCUUCAUCGGCAAGUUCAAGGGACGUCGGGUCGCCAUAUCUGAAUUCCGAAGUCAGCUUAGUGCAAUGGACAUCAAAGAGCUUAAGUUACUGGGCGAUUUCGACCAUCCCAAUAUCGUCCGUUUCCUUGGUGUGAGCAUUCCGGAGAACACUCGGGAGACUCCGGUGAUGAUUGUCAGUGAGCUGUGUUCAAACGGUGACUUGUUCGACUACGUCCGGAAUGUGAAGCCCCCUUCACUCUAUAGAGUCCUCUGCAUCAUGCUCGACAUCGCUCGCGGGCUCGAGUAUCUCCAUAUGCGGAAGCCUUCUGUCAUUCACAGGGACUGCAAGUCGUCCAACAUACUGAUCACAUCCAAGGGUAUUGCCAAGAUCACGGACUUUGGACUGGCCAAGGUCAAGCAAUCGACACGCUCCAUGGUUCGCAGCUUGGUCGGCACGGUGAACUGGCAAGCUCCAGAGUUAUGGCACCCUCAUCCCAAGUACAACCACAAGGUCGAUGUAUUCUCCUGCGGCAUGGUGUACUGGGAGAUGCUGCAGUGGCAUGUCCUGAACAAGAAAUUCCCGUGGGAGGGUAUGAAUGAGCAUGCAAUUUAUGAUCUCGUAGGUGCAAAACGUCAAAGACCUUCGAUUAACGGCCUGCGUAAACACUGGUGUCCGGAGAUAGUAGAUCUCAUAGAGCGAAUGUGGGCCCAAGAACCCGACGAACGCCCUACCAUGUCUGAAAUUGUAGAAGAGCUGGAACAUCUCGUGCAGAUAUAUCGUUGA